AUGCACACUGCUUUGUGCGAGCGCUUAGCUAGGCGGUACGAGGGUACUGGAAACACGGGGGAUAUUUUAGAAAGGUAUUUUGGAGAUGUCGGUGUGCUAGCGAUAUCCAUUCGUAUUCGGCGUCGUCGUGCAGACGGUCAAGCUGGCCAAGUGCCCGAUGUCAGUCGCUAA